AUGUCCUUCUCUCUGAUUUCCUCGCUCCGCUACGACCCUGCCCUCCCUGCUGCUGUUUCACGGCUCUCAGUCAACGCCUAUCCCGACAGCGUCGAUACGCCAUACUAUCUCCUUGCCUACCACCGAGACCGGCUAAUCACCGCCGCCCAGCAUUUCCAGUGGGAGAAAGCACUAGCAUGGCUCCAACAGGACUUGCGCACCUUACACCAAUUCCUUGAUGCGUCUAUACCAGACCCCCAAAAACCAUGGCGGCUGCGAAUUGCUGUAGACGACAAUGGCAAUGGCACGGUCGACGUGCACCCAACCGCGCCAAUUGACCCAUCCAACCUUCUAAUCCCUUCAAUUGACACAGCCCCCGAAUCUUCGGUCUGGCGUGUUUAUGUUGAUACACAAGCUACAACCCCCUCCGGCUUGACGACGCAUAAAACAACCUCCCGAGAUGCUUAUAAUGCGGCGCGACUACGAGCGGGAAUCAAAUCCCCGGCUGAUACCACCGAGGUGCUCGUCGUCAAUCCGGGGGGUGAGAUUAUGGAGGGAAGCAUCACUACCCCGUACUUCCGACGGCGAGAUAUUGGAGUCUCUGGUCCAGCGUGGGUCACGCCACCGCUUGACAGCGGGGGUAAUGCAGGUACCACCCGCCGAUAUGCUCUAUCUCAAGGAUUCUGUGUAGAGCAGACCAUUUCAGCUGCCCAGCUUGCCAAUGGCGAGGAAUGCUGGUUGAGUAAUGGCGUGCGUGGAUUCAUACGCGGUGUAGUUGUUCGAGAUCGAUAG